UUUUUCCCAGCAGGUUUUUAUUUUGUAGUACUGACACAGAGCAGGGAAGGGGGCUCUGUGCUGUCUCACAAAAUCACGCUCCCUUUUACCAAUAGUUGUCCCUCCCAUUGGGGUGCGUGUAUUAAAGGGGGGGGGGCGUUGAUUACGAUAUCAACAACAGUAGUAAUAAACUAUAGAUAACCAGUGAUAAGGGAGUGGUGAGGGCAGGGUCUGUGCCUGCUCUGUAAAGGAGGCCUGGAUUAUUUCUUAUUUUUUGGAAGAGAUUGCUGAGCACUUCUCACGGGAACCUGUAAGUUCCUUUGGGAAGGGGUUCCUGGUUCCAGGAUGGCAUUUUUGGUCAAAACCAGAAAGAGAUGCUGCUCUAUAACAGUCGUGAUUUCAUGAUUAAGGGUCUCAAUGGGGAUGUGGCAAGUCCAGUUUCAAGUCCCUGAUGCAAAUCUAUUUCUAUCCCUUUCCUCCCCAUUCCUCAAUGCUCCAUUACAAAGGUGUUUCAGAAUAUGGUAUUUUUAUCUUUGAACUGAAAACUUUCUAAUUAAUCUGUAAUGUUGAAUUGAUUUUGCAGCAAAUUCUCUUACUGUGUUAUUCAGGUCUGUGUUUACUGCUAUAAUUUCAUCAAGACCCCUAUGUUCUAAGCUGGCGUUUGAAAACUGCUAACAAGAAACUAACAGGAUGAAUAAUAAAGUUGUUUAUUUGAUAAGGACAGUGAGAUACUGUGGUGGUUUCAGAUUUAGACCUACGAGGACAUAUAUGUUGGAGACCAAUAAACGUAAGAGUGCCAUACAAAGAAAGUCCUGGAGCAUCUCAAUGAACUUAAUGACAAGUGUCUUUCGAUUCUGGUGCUUACCAUAAAAAGCAUGGAAAAAAGCAAGAAUAUAGAUGCCCUUCAGUUGGAAUUACAGAUGGUGAUGGAGCAACGGAUUCCAGAGAUCAGGAACAUUGAUCUUUUGCAAAACAUAAUGAAGCAUUUUGGAAAAGAUGCCACAGGGUUUCUCAAACAGGAAUUUGAGAAUAACGUUUUGGAAAAGUUGCAUUGUUUGACUUCAGAAAAUGCUCUAUGUAUGUUUAACAUGCUGGCUGUGGUGAAUUACACAUCUAUUCCAAUCCUAGAUAGCUGCAGUAAGAAAAUGGUUGCGACUAUCCAUGGUACUCAAUUUAAGCAGUUAAACCGUAUUCUGCUCGCUUGCUGUAUUCUCCACUACAAAAAUGUAGAAAUGUUUUCAGCCAUAGAAAGCUAUGUGACUUCAUUCAUCAAUAUGUGGAGCAUUGAACAGCUUAUUCUGUUUCUGUCUGCCUUUGAAAUUCUUCACUUUCGACCCACUAAAUUGUUGGAUAUUGUGGCUGAGAAUGUGAUAAAGUAUCCUGAAUCCCUGAAUUUGAAGGAGCUUAUGAUAAUUUUUCGGGUGUAUUCACAGCUCAGCUAUGUUCCCAAAUGCCAGCAUCAACAGUUCUUUGAGGCCCUCAAUUGCUCCUUGAGUAUAUACCUCCCCGGGAUUUAUAAUGCAUCCUUGCUGCAAGCAGUGUAUUCAUUCUGCGUUCUAGGAUAUCAUCCUCAAGCUGCACUUAAUCACCUCAUGCAAAAGGAUGUCCUCAGUGACCUUCUAAAACCAGAUGAUCUUAACUUAAAAUUCAAUGAAAGGAUGCUGCACACAGUGUAUGUGUGUUUGAAAGUUGAUGGGCAUUCAUUCAGCAAGCCAGCAUCCGUAUUGCAGACGAAAUCCUCCUUCCCCAUAGCUAUGAAACCCAUGGAGGUUCAGGAGGUACUGCAGGCAAUUCUAGGAGAUAAGAGCAUGUUUCGCCAUAAAGUGCAGCUGGAACAUGGUUACAAGGCUGAGUUUGAAAUAAAACUGGAUGCAGAAAGAAAGAAGGUUCUCCCUGUAACAGAAACAGAUGACCCUGCAGAUUUAAAUGUUCAAAGAGUCAUUUUUCUCUACACUUCUGAAUCUGAUUUUUGUUUGGACAUGUGUCCCCGAGGGACCCUGGCAAUGAAAAUGAGGCAUUUAAAAGCAUUGGGAUAUUGUGUGAUUCUGUUUUCUCAUCCAAAAUUCCAGAAAUUGGGGAAGAAGGAAGCAGUUGAGUUUUUGAAGGAAAAAAUUUAUUCAGCAGAUAAUUAAUCUGUAAAUUUAUUUUGGACAUAGAAAAUCUAUUAAAAUGAAAGGAAAAUAUUCUAAGAAGAAAAAUGUCUGGUGACACAGCAGCCUGAAGAAAUUUUUAAAUUCAACUCUUUGUAUUGGUUUGAACUCAGCAAGACAAGCAGAUACUUUCAAAGCAUAAAUGUAUUAUGAAAUAAUGUAGAAUAAACCUUUGAAACCA